GUAAUAGCUUUGAGAAAUAGCCGAUGUACAGGGCACUCUUAAGUCGAGAUCCACGAUGUCAGCGAUAUUCCUUUCCUAACGGUAUAAUUUGUAGUGUAGAAUUCGGCCACACUUACGGAAACCUGUUACAUUUUUUACCGUCUUGCUCAAAGUAUUUGAAAUCAAUGCCACCGCGGUUGCCGUUCGGCCGAGUCAGAAACUUAUUGCCGCAGGGACACGUAAUUCGAAGGAUGAGCUCCCAACCCAAAGUGUACGUAACUAGACCGGAUGUGGAUGACAGCGGUCUGGAGUUGCUGCGCAAGAGCUGCCAAGUGAGUACUUGGCAUGAGACCUAUCCGGUGCCCCGCUCUGAGCUGAUCCGCGAGGUGGCUGGAAAAGAUGCCCUUUACUGCGCCCUAACGGACACAGUUAACAAGGAAGUCCUGGAUGCUGCCGGUCCGCAGUUGAAGUGCGUGGCCACUAUUUCGGUGGGUUACGAUCACAUCGACGUGGAGGAGUGCAGGAAACGUGGCAUUCGAGUGGGCUACACACCAGACGUCCUAACGGACGCCACGGCAGAAUUAACGCUUGCUUUGCUUCUGGCCACCAACCGCCGACUAUUCGAGGCCAACAAGCAGGUCUACAACGGUGGCUGGAAGUCGUGGGCCCCUAUGUGGAUGUGCGGCCAGGGACUGAAGGGCUCUCGGGUCGGCCUGCUGGGCUUCGGCCGCAUCGGACAAGAGAUAGCGGCACGCAUUGUGCCAUUUAAACCGGCGGAGAUAACAUACACAACCCGAACGCCACGCCCCGAGGAGGCGGCUGCUGUGAAUGCCCGGUACGUGGACUUUGACGAGAUGCUUCGGAAGUCAGACAUCAUAGUAGUCUGUUGCGCCCUAACACCGGAGACUAAGGAAAUCUUCAAUGCCGCGGCGUUUCAAAAGAUGAAGUCCAACUGCAUUCUUAUCAACACGGCGCGCGGUGCAGUUGUAGACCAGAAGGCCCUGUAUGAGGCACUAAAAAGCAAUCAAAUUCUGGCUGCUGGUCUGGAUGUUACGACGCCAGAGCCAUUGCCCCUCGACGAUCCUCUUCUGAAACUUGAUAAUGUCGUUAUUCUACCCCACAUUGGGAGUGCAGACAUCGAAACGCGGAAGGAAAUGUCUCGGAUUACAGCCAGAAAUAUUCUUUCUGCCUUAGCUGGCGAAAAAAUGGAAGCCGAAGUAAAACUAUAAGCCAAGUAAUCCAUUUUUCUUUAAAAUCCAUUUCUUUAAAAACAUCUGUUUGUAAUUAUGGACCAUAUUCUAAUUAAAUAUUAAAUCUUUUAAAGGUACUUAAAGUUAUUGAAAUAAAUGAAGCACUUUAACAAAGUACCUGUAAUACGUCGAUGACAGUGCCCUAAAAUGAACUAACCCGUAAACAAACAGAAAUAUUUUUCUUUCUAAUGGCGGUCAAGGAAAAGAUGAAUGUUAACGGCUCCGGUCGGAAAGGCCUUGGCGAUCGACG